AAGUCCCUCUCGUCCCAGUCAUUUUUGCCUGUCCAGACACCGUCUUUCUAUUACCCUUUGGUCGAGAAGGAAAGCAGAAAACAGCUGCUUGAAGAAGAAAAUUCUCAGCAUGGAAAACUCGGGCAAAGAAUAUGAAGAACUAACACAGAGCACUCAGACCGAGGAAGAGCAGCCUCCUGAAAAUCAGUUCUCCGAGGAGGAGCAGUCCUCAGAGGAUCUGUCCUCCGAGGAGGAGUCCUCAGUUGAGGAGUUCUUUCCUGAAGAGCUGCUGCCAGAGGUGCUGCUGUCGGAAGAUCGUCCUCCGCAGGAGUGCCUCUCGCACAAGAACCUAUUCGAGGGCCAUCCAGCCAUGGAGCAACCUCCCUGUGGGUUGGGCGAACACAAGCUAGAGGAGGGAAGUUUCAAAGAAAGGCUGGCCCGUUUCUGCCCUCGGUUCAGAGGAGUCAUCCAUGGCAGAAAUUUAAGCAAUGAAGAAAUGAUACAGGCAGCGAUGAGUUGGAAGAGAUGAAGCGAGUACGAAAUAAACUGAUGAUAAUGCAUUGGAAGGCAAAACGGAACCGCCCUUACCCUAUUUAAUGUGUUCCACCUUUCUUUGUUUUGCUUGAUAAGAGUAUUGCUCCCUGAACUCAUCUUCUUACAUGCCUUUUUCUUUCUUAGUUGUAAUUUUUUGUGCAGUUUUAUUUCAGGUAUUUGACUUGUAACUGGCACAGGAUUCCUUUUAUUGUUUUUUUCUUUAACGUUCUAAAAUCCGAGUCCGAUCCAUUUGCAUGGAAAGAGAAACAUUAUAUAUGUGAGGUGAUAAAAGCAAAAGGUAUAUACAUAAAUAGCAUCCCA